AUGCUCCAGAAGGAGGCCGCCGAGAGAGAGAGGGUGGAAACUGGGAUCACUCAUGAAUGCAGGGCUCUCCUAGCCGCUGGAUCUCAAGCGCACUUCAUCACAAGGGAAGGUUGUCGAAGAAUGGGACUUGCCUGCAUCGGUACAGAGGCAACGGUAGGCGGUAUAGGCAAGCAUAUAAGUAGCAUAAACAGUCAGACCGAAGUCACCAUACAUUCGCGAUUUAACAAUUUCAAGGCCACGUUAUCUUGCUUCGUUAUGAAGACAAUAACGGAGAAGAUGCCGACCACAUCACUAACGAAAUGCUUGAUACCGACUCCCCCCGGAGGCAAGCUAGCAGAUCCACGGUUUUAUGAGUCUCGAAAAAUAGACCUACUAAUAGGAGCGCGUCUGUUCUGGGAGCUUCUAUGUAUCGGGCAGCAUAAGGUCCCGUCUCAACGUUUAAUUUGGCAGGAAACCCAGCUGGGAUGGGUACUAGGCGGUAGAUUAGAUCACUUUUCAACUCCUCCACCAACGCCGCGGGUCUGUCACCUCGUCACUAAUACACAGCUAGAAAGGUCCAUAACGCAAUUUUGGGAGAUCGAAAAUUGCAUGGACGUGCGCCCUGUAACCGACAGCAAUCACGCAGACGAAUGUGAAAUUCACUUUCACAAGACGACGACACGAAACAAAGACGGCCGGUACGUAGUCUACGCAUCGUUUAUGAAGGAAUACGAGGACUUAGGACACAUGACGCGCGUCACCGACCUUCGGGAUACGCGGUGUUACUACCUGCCCCAUCACGCGGUAUUUAAAGACAGCAGCAGCACAACGAAGCUGCGGGUGGUCUUUGACGGUUCCGCAAAAUCAACCUCUGGCGUGUCCAUCAAUGACACGCAAAGAGUAGGACCUACCGUGCAAGACGACUUAAUAUCCAUUGUACUUAGAUUCAGACGACACAAGAUAGUUUUAUCGGCCGACAUUACAAAAAUGUACAGACAGAUUUUGAUAACGCCCGAACAGAGAAGGUUCCAACGAAUACUGUGGCGCCCGAGUGAGCAAGAUCCUAUAACAGUUUUCGAAUUGAACACCGUUACCUACGGCACCGCGGCGGCCUCAUUUUUAGCAACGCGCACAUUAAAACAGAUAGGAAAGGAUUGCGUUCAACAAUUCCCAGUAGCAAGCAAGACCAUACUAUUGACCGGUGUAAAUACGCUAGCCGAGGCAAACGCCCUGAAACAGGACAUAACGAACGCGCUCGCCACGGCAGGUUUCGAACUUCGAAAAUGGGCCUCGAACGACUCGCGGAUAACAGCAUGCAACGGUGAAAGCGCGAUAGACCUAAGCGUGAGCAAAGACCCAAAAAUCUUAGGCCUCAUUUGGAGUGUGCAAGACGACGUACUGCGAUACGCGGUCAAACCAUCGGAUACCACGCGAAUAACAAAACGUGCGAUGCUAUCGGAAAUCGCGCAGAUCUUUGACCCCCUAGGACUGAUAGGCCCUGUUAUGAUCCAGGCGAAAAUAAUGAUGCAGGAACUCUGGCAAUUGCAGUUGGGUUGGGAUGAGUCGAUUCCCCAAUGGCUAUUUUCGCAAUGGGUCAAGUUUCGCGCGGAAUUAUCCGAACUCAACCACAUGACAAUACAAAGACGCGUUACACUGGACAACUCGGUAAAGGUCGAACUGCACGGCUUCUCGGACGUCUCUGAACGGACCUACGGCGCCUGUAUCUACGUCAGGUCAAUAAACUCAACGGGAAACAUUUCGACCAAACUUCUGUGCGCUAAAUCGCGAGUAGCACCUCUAAAGGUAAUAAGUCUUCCGCAAUUAGAAUUAUGCGGCGCGACAUUACUAACACACUUGGCUGCGAAGGUAAAACAGACAUUAGGAAUAAGUUUUUGCGCGGAAUAUUAUUGGACAGAUUCCCAAAUAGUCCUAGCCUGGAUCAAUGCUCCAUCGAAUCGUUGGAAAACUUAUGUGGCCAACCGCGUCUCGGAAGUGCAACAAAUCACGCGAUCCGCCGACUGGCGGCACGUGCCGUUAGGUGAGAAUCCGGCCGAUAUUAUAUCUCGCGGCGACUGCCCGGCUGCUCUAGCCGCGGCUGAUAUUUGGUGGAAUGGUCCGGCGUGGCUAACAGCCUCACCCAGCAAUUGGCCACCCCCGCACGUACCGUCUGAUGAAAAGACCGAGCUCAAAUCAACGGUCAAGGCGCUAACCGCGGUCGUUACCUCCUCGAUAUUCGAAAAAUUUUCCACGUUAAACAACGAGGGCAUACAUUGGCACUUCAUGCCACCCCACUCACCCCAUUUUGGCGGACUGUGGGAAAGUGCAGUCAAAUCGGUCAAGCACCACAUUAAACGUGUAAUCGGUGAUCAGAGAUUGACGUAUGAGGAACUAUACACGUUUCUGACGCAAGUAGAAUCAUGCCUCAAUUCCCGUCCUUUAUCUCCCCUCUCCGAUGAUCCUAACGACUUGAACCCUUUGACCCCUGGACAUUUCAUUAUCGGCGAUUUAUUGACCGCUCUGCCCCAGCAGGACCUUCGCGAUAUUAAUCCUGGCAGACUAAAACGCUAUCAAUUGCUUAAGCAAAUGUUCCAGCAUUUUUGGUCGCGGUGGAGCAUGGAGUACUUGCAUAACCUACAACAGAGGGUGAAGUGGAGGCGAUCAACUACCCUUGGCUUCAAGGCUGGGGACAUGGUGGUUAUAAAGGAACCGAAUCUUCCACCGCUAAAGUGGAUGCUGGCCAGGAUCACAGAAACUCAUCCUAGACCAGAUGCAGUAUCGCGGGUCCUCACUCUCAGGACAGCCGAAGGCAUACUCAAGCGGCCGAUCACUAAGGUCUGCUUCCUGCCCACCCCAGAAGAAGACGCAAACGAAGAGAACGACACCAGAAGACGGCUUAGUACAUAA